AUGGAGGAAAUUGGCUGGGCUAUGAGAGGGAAGAAUGUAGUCAAGGAAGAGGAUGAGCGUGGUAAAGGAGAGAAGAUGGAGCGAUUUGCUGUUCCUGUGAGUAAUCUAUUUCCUUGUUUUCCUUGUGAUCUUUUAUGGGUUGGUUGAGCUAAUCAACCUUCUAGCUUUUCUUAUCAGAUGGUAUUACGGAGAAUUACAUCGCUCGUUCCUACCCUAACUCUGGAACUGCAAUCUCAUCAGAGAACGAAAGAUACAAGACAAGUCAGAUUGAGGCUGGGAGGCAAGAUAUUCUUGUGGUUAGGGAUGUACAUUUUGGUGCGAAUGCUGGCGAUGAAGUGUUUGUACCCUCUUCCUGCCUAUCCCUAUGUGCGAGUGUCUUUUAUCUGCCUGCUCUGUCCAUCUCAUCACGAAUCAUUUUCUCUCCAUUGACGACAAGAAACUCACUACAAAUAGCAUCCUCAGAAUAGCGACUUUUCGCUCCCAAUUGAGAAUUUCCGUGGAAUGGAAAGAAGAUUUAUUCGAUGGAGUUAUGGUCAUGAAAUUCUUAGAGGAAAUCAAAUGUGUCUUGUUGAGUCUAUUGUAAGUGUCAGGUAUGUCUUGGCUCCAAAAUACACCCUUGCUGCUCUAAUUGCAGACUCUUUCUGCUCUAAAACUUAUUACCGAUAUAAUUCCGUCUUCGCCUUUCAAGUACUUAUUACUCCUUCCUUCUAGCUCCUAAUUUAAGCUAAUCGAUCUCUAACUAUCUAGAAAUUUCACCACACCAAUGUAAUUAUACGAACAGUAAUUCCAGGUGCAGCGUCUCAUUUAUACGAAUCGCCAGAAGAACAGCCAUACUUUCAGGGAAUAAACAAACUACAUCGUCUCCAUGUACAUACUGGAAUGAGAUGAAACACCUAUGGAGUGGCGUACGUACCGUACAUGGAUCAGUCCCAACCCACACAUUCGUCAGUAAGCAAACUUUCGGAUGAUCAUCAUUCCAAGACUUACCAUCAACAAGGAAUGAUGGGCAAAACAGAGCAUGGGAAGAGAUGACACAAGACAUAGGACGAGACAAAAGAAACCCACGAGAGAAUUCAAUUCCCGUCUACAAUAAGACGCCUUACACAAAGUCUCACCCCAGUAAAGAUCGCAUGAAAAACUGAAAGCACUUGCGAAGAGAAGGAUGACAUACUUCGACGUGCGGUACAAAGCAGGGCUUUUGCUUUGAUGAAACCCCAGUGACCAAACAACCCAAAAGGAACGUUAUGCUUGUACGAUUCCAGAAACCCCUCUCCCCAGACCCCAAGUACUGUAUCUACUUCACAAGAUACUCCCCAUGUAAGACCUUACCCCCGGCUCCCUCCAUCAUUCAAACCAAUUACAAACCAGACCAUCGAAUACCAGAUAUCCCAGUAUCCAAAGACCUUCUGUAUCUCAGUACAUGCAAGCCCGCCUGAAAAGUAAAACAUCGAUCACGAGGAACAACUAAAAAAGUGUGCUCAUACAUACCUACAUAGAGAAUGUGUUGGAUAUAGCUAGUACCAUAUUAUCCGUCCCACUAAGCUAGCUACCCAGUCCCAAAUGACGUACCAGGCUAACUUAUUAAACCGCACAAUACCCUUCAAGUCCAGAUUCAACCAUCCCAUACCCAUCUCCUUCAUCCUCCAUACAACAAUCCCGCAGCGACUCUCCCUCAGUCUCCCCACGAACAACGCGUUCGUUCGGCCUCUGAAAAAAGAAUUAGGCUUGGUUUCACUCAAUAUUUACUUUCCUUUACGCCAGGAUUCCUCCGUCCCACUCCGCAGAAAGAGGGUCAGAUGCGGAACUAGGAGGGUACAGUACAUUUGUACAAAUUAUAGUAGAUUAGGCAAAUUCCACUCGUCCUUCGGGACUAGGUAGCGCAGUGGUCAAGAAUAGACAACUCUACCUACUGUACAAUCUAGUAUCUUCCGCACCUCUUCAUACCCAAACCCAGGAUCCUCGCAGCGCCAAGGUCAAACGAAGCCGGGAUGGGAAGGAUGUGAAGCGCCGUGGUCCUGGCUGGGCAUGGUCUAUGCACUGUACUGUAGUGGAAGUGUAAGACGACUGUCACAAAGCCAUCGUCCCAAUGGCGGCUGCUGUCAUCCGAGUCUCGUCUGACUGGUCCUGAGAGACUACUGUGUUGGAUCAUGGAUGAACAGUGGGUGGGAUGGAGGUGGUAGUUCUUGAUGUUGUGUGGGAGUUGAAGUAGUGGGUUGGGGUUGGUGGUUUGGUAUGCGCG